AUGGUGGAAAAGAAAGAUGGCCGUGAAAUUCUGACAAUAUUAAUAUUAUGUAUUCUGUGGUACAUUGUGUCGAGCAGCAAUAAUGUAGUGGGUAAAUUGUUGCUCUCAGAGUUUCCAUAUCCAAUGACAGUUACAAUGGUGCAGUUAACCUCAAUCACAGCACUGAGUGGACCAUUUUUCAACAUGUGGGGAGUGAGAAAAAGUAAAUCGGACAUUUCGUGGGGUUAUUAUUUGCGGCUCAUUGUACCGCUUGCACUGGGGAAGUUUCUGGCCAAUGUCUUCAGCCACGUCAGCAUCUGGAAGGUGCCUGUGUCGUAUGCACAUACUGUGAAGGCUACGAUGCCCCUUUUCACAGUAUUCCUGUCGAGGAUAAUUUUACGUGAAAAGCAAACCUGCAGGGUAUACCUCAGCCUCGUGCCAAUUGUUGGUGGUGUUGCCAUUGCGACAUUAACUGAGCUCAGUUUUAACGUCAUUGGACUUGUCAGUGCUCUAGCAUCCACGAUGGCAUUUUCGCUGCAGAAUAUCUACUCUAAAAAGGUUCUAUGUGACACCGGAAUCCAUCACCUCCGCCUCCUCUUCAUCCUGGGUCGCCUAGCCCUCUUCCUCUUCCUCCCUGUGUGGCUCGCCUACGACCUCAGGACCUUGAUAAAUGAAUCAGUGACGCACUCCAUCAGCACCAAGGUAAUCGGUCUUCUAAUUCUCGAUGGAGUUCUCAACUGGCUCCAAAACAUCAUAGCCUUCUCAGUAAUGUCAAUAGUGACACCACUGACUUAUGCAGUUGCCAAUGCUAGUAAAAGAAUAUUCGUCAUAGCUGUGACAUUGUUUAUACUGGGCAAUCCAGUCACUGGUCUCAAUAUAUUUGGCAUGACACUCGCAAUUAUCGGAGUAUUUUGUUACAACAAAGCUAAGUACGAUCAGAGACAGGCAGCUACGAAGGAAUCACUGUUGCCUAGUUACACAAAUGUUCUUGAUAUCAAGAAAAACGGAAGUGCUUUUCAUGUUAAUGGAUGGACACCACAGACGCAUCGAUUAUUCGCCGUCUAGUCUUCAAUUUAGAUAGAUAAAUAUUUCAAUUAUUAAUGAAUUCACGAGUGAUUUUUUCGGGGUGUAAAACAAUUUUGAAGACAGGUUCUAGAGGAUUUUUAAAUAAUUUUUUUUCAACAGAGGUUGAAUAAUAUCUAUGAUAAUGGAACAAACAAGAAUUUAACUACGAAAAAAAUCUAUUCUAUAAAAAAAUGGUCUAGCAAAUUUGAGAGCAUCUUCAUAAGAAUUUUCAGCAAAAGGAAAUAACUUCAUAAAUGCUUGGAAUACUUUUCUAUAGACAAUGCUCACAAAAAUUCAGUUCUCUACACAUUUUCCAUAAAAUCCUUUUAAAUUAUUCCAGAGAAAAACCUACAAAUUUUGUUAGGAAUCAUGUCCAUGGGAUCUCUGCAUACAUGUUGACAGUGAACGUCACUCCAGACAAAUUAAUUUAAUAGUUUCAAUGGAUUGUUGAGGAAUUCAGUUGUGAAAUUAUUUUGUUCUGGAGAAAGAUUAUGCGUUCAGCCUUGUAGAUUUAUUUAUUUAUCGUUCGUUAUCUCAUGAUUCUUGCACAAGUUUGGGGAGACCUUUGGAAAUUCCAAAGGUUUCGAUAGCGACAUUUUUUUUACAAAUGGUUGAUCAGUGAUGACGGAUUGAUUCGUACUCGUUCGUCUCCGCCGGUAGGGAAGUCGUUCAUUUUCGGUAGAUAGAUAUUGACGAAAUGAUGAGCUAAUUGCGGGCCCAAUUAGCUGGUGGGGGCUUCGACACUGGCCAGAGUGAGAUUAAUCCAUUUUUCAAGGGUUUUCGAGGGAAUGUCCCGGUUUCUGAACUCGACGUGCAAUAAUACUGAUAAAUUACAAUGAAAUGGUAAAAUAAUUCGUUCAUUUUAAUAAACAAAAACUCAUCUUUAUUGAAUAUCUCUGAGACCAUUGGAAACAGCAAACGUUUUUAGGAUUUUCUAUACCAUCAACUCAUCUAUUUCCCAAAGAUUCGAAGAUAUUCACUAAAUUUGCGAUUGAUUUGAAAAAGUAAGGUCAACGCAACAGGUUGAGUUGUUUUUACUCUUAAAAAGUUUCUAUUACAAGUGCAGUAAUUCCGAACAAAUUCAGAACAAUAGAUUAUUUGAAUUAACUAAACUUCGUUUUAACUGCAUAUAUAUUUUAUUCAAAGAGUUUGCAAUGGGGCUGUUAUUGAAAUUUCUGUUUUCCUGAGUUCCGGUUUUUUAACUGAAUAUUGAGAAGAUCUUUUUUCAUCCCAUGUGAAUUAAAAUUUUUCAAACCUAUUUUAACAUUUCUCUAUAAAAAAUAAUAGCAUGAUUGAACUUCGGAGCCAGAUAGGUAACAAAUGUGUUCAGGCAUUGAGACAUUCACCUCGAUAGUUACUUGUGUACCUUACAGGUUGAAAGAGAAAAUUAUAACAAAUGAAAGAUAAACAAAUUUCCUAAUACAAAUGGUACUUCCUUGAGUGCUCGUAAGGGUAUAGAUUUCAUAAUUGAAUGGACUGGGGAUUUAUUAGUUCAAUUCUACAUUAACGAAAGCUGUUGUUCGUCUAGCUAAUUAUUUUGAAUGCCCUGUAAGUUCCUAAAAAUAAUAGCGAGAGGUCAUUUGUCGAAUUUAUUCUUCAUUGUGUUGCAAAUGUCUCGGAGGUUGAAUUAAAAUCCCAAGAGAUUUCUCUCGUAAAGCUCUUCUUUUCCAAGACAUUUCGCAAAAUAAUCUGUAAUUCUCCGAUUGUUUUAUAUGCAAUAAUAUUUAUCCAAAAUAAGUUUUCCGCCUGUCACGUGAGAAAAUAAACCCACAUGUCUGUCGAUUUAUUAUUCAAAACGGUGGGAACAAAGAGAAAUAUCUCAAUUCAUUCAAUCAUGAAAAUCGAAUUUUAGACGUUUUUAUUCGUUCCAAAUUUAUUGAGAAAAAAAAAUUGUAAAUAAUUUUGGUGCGAAUGAACAAGUGUGUGGGCGAGUGAUUUAGGUAUAAAAAGAGAAAUGUAAGAAAUUAGCUAAUAGUAACAUUUAUUUUUGUAUAAAUAAAAAGGGGCAUGCGUACAAAAAUAAUGAAGAAGAGAUGACCAGGGCAUCUGGAUGAUUAAUGCCCGAAUAAAGUAUUAUUCAACAGAAAUCAA